AUGGCGUUCCGCUUCCUCCAACCCUCGCUAUUCAGCCUCCGAACACCUCUCUUCGCAGCUGGACUCGGCGUCUCGGGAGCACUCCUCGUACACCAGACCUUCCAGUCCCGACGAUUACUACGCCUCGACGUGGCAAGUGGCGCCUCGUCCGUCAGCCCCAAAGAUUGGUCUUUCUCGCAAUAUCAAAAUGAUGCAAGCACACCAGUUGUCAGCCAGAGCGGAGGUCUGAAUCCGAGAGCAGUGCGGCAGCUGUCAAUGGGUAGCAUACUAGGUCUCGCCGCAGGAAUGGGCGUCUCGCUGUUCUCGAAACCUCUGGCGCUCCUUAUUGGUCUUCUGGUUAUUGGGGUGCAAGCGGCAGAAUCAUACGGCAUCCACCUUGUACCCUAUCAGUCGCUGCAAAAAUAUGUCAAGGGUGUAGAUCUCAGGAGCGCUGUACAGGACAAUGUGGCACUCAAGCUAAGCUUUGGGACCAUGUUCGCGCUUAGCGCAUUCGCAUCGUUUUAG